AUGGAGAAGUUUCUCUCAAAGCUCCUGAAUAUGCUAAAGACAACAAAGAAGGACAUGAAGAAGUCCAAUCUAAUGAUGCUAGUUGAUCUUGCACCAUGGAAAGGAAAGGGUAAGAGAGGCAAAGGAAAGGCUAAAAGCAAGUCCAAGCCUCAAACUCAAGAUGCCUUUAAACCUACUAGAGGCAUGAGCAAAGAUGGAAUGGUUGUUUGCUUUCACUGUGGCAAGCCUGGCCACUGGAACAAACACUGCAAGGCCUUCCUUGUAAUCAAGAAUAAGAAGCCUACAUCUUCUUCCAAAGGUAUGUAUACAAUUGAAAUCAGUAUUUCUCCUGUUACAUCUUGGGUCAUUGACACAGUAUAUGGUUCUCAUAUUUGCACUAAUGUGCAAGGAUGUGAUAAAGUAGACUACUAG